CAGGGACGUGUGAACCAAUUGGGCGGUGUAUUUAUCAAUGGCCGCCCCCUCCCGAAUCACAUCCGAUAUAAGAUCGUAGAGAUGGCUGCGGCGGGAGUGCGACCCUGUGUUAUAAGCCGUCAGUUACGGGUCUCUCACGGAUGUGUCUCUAAAAUACUCAACAGAUAUCAAGAGACUGGAAGUAUACGUCCCGGAGUUAUAGGAGGCAGUAAACCAAGAGUCGCCACUCCGGAGGUCGAGAAGAAGAUUGAGGAAUACAAGAGAGAGAAUCCAGGAAUUUUCAGCUGGGAAAUCAGGGACAGACUCGUUAAAGAAGGAAUCUGCGACAAGAAUACAGCGCCCAGUGUUAGCUCCAUAAGCCGUGUAUUACGUGGAAGUAAUAGAGGCACUGACUAUAGAAGUGGUAAUGAGAGUGACGUUUCCAUCAAUGAGUACUCCGUGCGUAAAGACCAUAGCAUUGAUGGCAUAUUAGGCGGACGAAGUGGUGAUGAAUCUGAUUGCGAUUCAGAGCCGGGAAUACCACUGAAGCGAAAGCAGAGGCGAUCGCGAACCACAUUCACAGCGGAACAGUUGGACGAACUCGAGAGGUCUUUCGAGAGGACACAAUACCCCGAUGUCUACACUCGCGAAGAAUUGGCACAAAAGACCAAAUUGACUGAAGCAAGAGUUCAGGUUUGGUUCAGUAAUCGAAGGGCGCGAUGGCGUAAACAAGUCGGGGGCUCACAAAUGAGUGCCGGUUUCAUGUCUACACCCCCUCCCAUGCCCUCAUCUUCAAGCUCUAGUAUUAACAUCGGAUCAUAUCCUCAGCCAAACAUUGCUUCCCAUUAUAUGGAUGGACCAGAAUUUGGUCACAACGGUAUGUCACUUGUUAUCAUUCAUUCAUUUAUUAAAGUCAUAUCAAAUACUAGUCGGGUUGGACUCGGAAUAGUCACCAAAACUUUGGGCCUUCAGUUCAGCCGUCAUUUAUAUCAUCCCAUCAAAUGA